AUGCUUGACUGGUUAACUGGACACAGCAAACCAUUACGCGUCAAGGUGUCUACAAUGGAAGCUGAUUUGAAUGCUAUUAGUAUGGACAGAGAUGCUUUAGGACAAGAUUUAUUUGACACAGUCUGUAAAAUUAUUGGACUACGAGAAGUUAGAGAUCAUUCUAUGCCUAAACAAUCAGAUGGUUCAUUGCAUUUCCUUUUUCUUGUUAAGUUUUUUCCAGAGUCUGUAAAGACUGAAUUGAUUCAAGAUUUGACAAGGCAUCUUUUCUUCCUUCAAAUCCGCCAAUCAAUUCUUUCAAUGGAUCUUUAUUGCCCUUCUGAAGCGGCAAUUUUGUUGGCAUCAUAUGCAGUACAAGCAAUGUAUGGUGAUUACCAAAACGAUGAAAAUAUUGAGUUGGACUUGACCAAAUUAAUUCCUCCUUCAGUUAUUCAACAAUAUGAUAUGAGUGCGGAUAUGUGGCACGAGAAAAUUGGCAAUUGGUGGGCUAACAACAGCGGACUUAGUCGUGAGGACGCCGAAGAGGAGUUUUUAUGUAUUGCUGAGGAAUUGGAUAUGUAUGGGACUUCAUUUUACAAAAUUCUGAAUCAACGCGGUACCGAAUUGCUGUUAGGCGUAUCUGCGCAAGGAUUGGGUUUGUUUUUGGAUCAAUUCUAG